AUGCUUGAAGAAGUGGAGGAAUAUCGCAUUGAUGCCCUUGAUCAAGCUAAUAAACUUGCAAUCGUUAUGAGUGUCAACAACCAAUUUUUCGACGCAUUUUCAUACGAUCAGCACUGGCCAAGGUCCGCAGAGGAAGAGAAGAUUUAUUCUAUCGCCUGGCGGCUGUUGGCUACCAAACAGCUAGUGGACAAACCAAGUUUUGAUCUUCGAUAUGCUCUUGCCUCAGUUUCCUGGACCAAGCCGAUUAGCUUUCUUGCUACUUGCUUUGCCAAGUCUGUUCUAACUCCAACCGAUAUUCCUCAGAGGAUAGCUUUGGCACUGACUUACAAAACCCAAGAAGAUUGGACUAUUUUGUUUCUGUUUGGUAGACGAACUACAAGUGAUGCAGAAGUGGUUCACUGUCGCGAGCUGGCGCCGAACAAAAUUCGGAGCUGGAAAGCGAAGGUUACGGAGCAUUCUAUGACUAAUUGUAUUCUGAAGAAGCGAGGUCACCGCGGAGGUCAAGUAGCUCAUUGGGCUCAGGGAGUGAACCAGAGUGCUCAGCUUCAACUCACUGAGCAUGUAUCUUAG